AUGAUCAAUAAUGGGUCUUUUCAUGUGGCAGGUUACCUUAAGUGCGAUACGGAUGAUGGCUGUGAUAACAAAGAGGAAGUCGGAGGAGAAGAACUCUUCGACACCGUCAACUCCUCCAUUGUGUCAGGGGACAGCAUCCGAUUCUUCGUGAACGUCAACUUGGAUGUUCAGCAAAACGUUACAGCAGAAAGCGAUGGCUCUGGGUGCGUUUUAUUGCACACAUCAAGAAAAUACCUAAAAUUAAAGAAUUUUGAAGAGGAGGUCAGAGCCCACCGCGAUCUAGACGGCUUCCUGGCCAGAGCGAGCAUCAUUCUGGAUGAGUCGGCCACUUCUCUGGACGACGUUUUGCGGGAGAUGCUAAAACACUUUGCCGAAGAUUCAGACAACACCGAGCCAAGCUGCAAUUUUGACAAAAUUAUGAGCACUUUAUUCACCGAUUCGGGGACGCCCAGAGAGGGAAAUGUUCACCUUUUGUCGGACACAAUUCAGGGUGUGACGGCCACAGUCACCGGGAUCCAGUAUCAGCAGUCGUGGCUCUGUAUCAUUUGCACUAUAAAAUCCCUCCAACGACGCCAUGUUUGUAUCAGCCGCCUUGAAAGACCCCAGAACUGGGGAGAGAAUUCCUGUGAAGUGAGAUUCGUCAUUUUGGUGCUGGCGCCUCCGAAAAUGAAAAGUACCAAAACAGCAACCGAAGUGGGCCGGACCUUUGCCACAAUGUUUUCGGACAUCACCUUCCGACAGAAACUUCUGGAAACCAAAACUGAAGAAGAAUUCAAAGAAGCUUUGGUCCACCAGCGUCACUUGUUGAUGGUGGUCAACCAGAGGCCCUCGACAGUGACCGAUGACCACAAAGCUCAUGGUUCCAAACCUCUGAAGCUGCACGAGUUCUUCAAUGUUGGCAAAGGGAUUUUUGAUGACAUAGCACGGCGGUUUCCAGUGUACGCUCUGGACUUCACGGACGGCAUCAUCGGCAACAACAAAGCCAUAGGCAAAUACAUCACCACCAUGAUCUUCCUCUACUUCGCCUGCCUCCUGCCCACCAUCGCUUUCGGCUCCCUCAAUGACGAAAACACUGAGGGGGUCAUAGAUGUGCAAAAGUCAAUCGUGGGCCAGUGCAUCGGCGGCCUGCUUUAUGCGCUCUUUGCCGGCCAGCCUCUGGUGGUGCUUUUAACCACAGCUCCUUUGGCACUGUAUAUCAACGUGAUCAAAGGAAUCUGUUACGACUACAACUUGGACUUCCGUGCGUUUUAUGCGUGGGUUGGACUCUGGAACAGUUUCUUCCUCGUGCUGUACUCACUCUUUAAUUUCAGUCUUGUAAUGAAGCUCUUUAAAAGGUCCACAGAAGAAAUCAUUGCACUUUUUAUUUCCAUCACCUUCGUGCUCGAUGCCCUGAAAGGAAUCACAAAAGUUUUUACAAAUUACUACCACGGCCCAAGACCUCACAGUCUGACCAUCAACAACACCAACUUAUUGCUGAACAUCUCCACCGAACGUUCGUCGAUGGGAAAUCAGAGCGACGGUCCUUCGGCCACCACGCAUGAGGGGCGUGAAACCGCCGUUCUGAGUCUCAUGCUGAUGCUGGGGACGUUGUGGCUUGGUCACACACUCUAUCAGUUCAAGAAAAGCCCAUACCUCCACCCUCGCGUCCGGGAAAUCCUUUCGGAUUGUGCGUUGCCUAUUUCGGUCCUCACCUUCUCCGUGAUCGGAUCCCACUUCUUCGAGGAAAUAAAAAUGUCCAAAUUUAACUACAAUCAGUCGGAGAGCUUGUUCGUCUUGGCUCCCUUGAAGGAUCUCUAUCUCGGAUCAGUCAUGAGCGCGAUGGGGCUGGGUUUCCUGCUAUCUAUGCUUUUCUUCAUAGAGCAAAACAUCGUGGCCUCGCUCACCAACGCCCCAGAGAACAGGUUGGUGAAGGGGACAGCCUAUCACUGGGACCUGCUCCUGGUAGCACUGAUCAACACGGGGCUGUCCGUCUUCGGAUUGCCCUGGAUCCACGCUGCCUUUCCUCACUCGCCGAUGCACGUCCGAGCCCUGGCCUAUGUGGAGGAAAGAGUUGAGAACGGUCACAUCUACGAGACGAUUGUGAGCGUGAAGGAGACGCGUCUGACCACGUUGGUGGCCAAUUCCCUGGUGGGCCUGUCUCUCCUGCUCCUUCCUUUCCCCCUCCAGCUCAUCCCGAAGCCCGUCCUGUACGGUCUCUUCCUCUACAUCGCCUUGACUUCCAUCGAUGGGAACCAGCUGUUCGAGAGGGUGGCCCUUUUGCUCAAGGAGCAGACGGCCUAUCCUCCGACGCAUUACAUCCGCCGAGUGCCCCAAAGGAAAAUCCACUAUUUCACGGGCCUGCAGGUUCUUCAGCUCCUCAUUCUCUGCAGCUUUGGGAUGUCCCCUCUGCCGUACAUGAAGAUGAUUUUCCCGCUCAUUAUGAUUGGAAUGAUCCCGAUCAGAUACAACCUGCUCCCCAGCAUCAUCGAAGCGAAAUAUCUAGACGCCAUGGACGCCGAACACUGACCGCGCAACUAUCUCCAUCUUGGUGACGGUUCGUCGCUCGUUGUGUGGUCUUCCGGAACGGAAAGGGAGCUGCCUGAGCGAGCGAGCGAGCGAGUCACUCGUUUGGACGCGGGUCAACCUCAGUGCCGAAACCUGCGAUCUUCCUUUUGUACUGCACUACAACUCCUCCUACCCAAAGUCCUGACCCCAUCAAGUGCCCCCUCCCCCAUUUCAGGUUGUGAGAGGGAGGGGGGGGGACAAGAGGCACCUAGUGAGGAGACCUUUCCCCUCUUUUAUAGACGGAUAGCUAGAGACUCUCCGGAUCCCUUUUUUCGUUGGACGUGAAUUUCUAUGCAAAUUACUGGAGCUUCGGCGAGCGACCUCUUGCGGCCCUUGGACGCCCGUCGUAUUCUGAGCGAGAUGCACCCCGUUGUCCUCCCCGAACAAGGAGGUCGCCGUAAACACCGAGAUGUCCCCCGUCCCCCCACCCACCCCGUGGGAUUUUCGGCCUCCCAUUCCAUCGGGGGUGUCUUCGCACGUGGCAAGGGUGCGGAAGUGAGUUUCGGCGGAAACCAGAACCUUGCCGAAGGAAACCCAAGGCUUAUUUUGGAAGCUGCUUUCCGUACACCACGGUGACUUUGGCCCGGUGGCUUUUCCUGAGCAGCCUCUCCUCCGACGUGCAUUAUGACUUGAGCCGCUCUCUCUUGGCCCUGGUAUCAAGGACUAACUUCCCUGUACAUAAUAUACAUAGCGGAUCUAAAUUUUCUGUAUAUAUUUUGCAUAUAAAUACCGUAUCCUCGGGUAGCCGAUGCCCGUCCUUUCAAUAGACUGUGAGGGUUUUUGUGCAAUCAGUGUUAACUCGUACUGUAACCGCCCUCGUUCUUCAUUUCCCCGCACCCCCCCCGUUGUUUUCUUUUACUUGGAUGCUGUUUUGUGUUAUUUUUUUUCCUCUCUCCUUGUUUACAUGGAUUGCUGACAUGAAUCUGGGGAGGGGGAGAUGUUGGUUCUGGCUUUUAAUCCCCAUCUCUCGGGAUUGCUGCUGGCGUUGGAGAUGAUGGGAUUUGUGUUUGGCCCAGCGUUUUUGCAGCUUGGUGCCUUUCCAGUGGGGCGGGGAGAGCGGGCGGAUUCGAUUCCCAUCGUCCGCAGUUAGCCCAGGAGAAUGGGAACUUUAGUCCGAGACGGUCCAGAGAAGUCUUUUAAUUCCUAGAAGGGUUACCAAAGGUCUGAAUCUCGUUGCUUUUUUUUUUUUUUUUGGUAAUUUCUAUCCUGGGCUUCCCUGUUUUUUUCCUCUCCCCCACCCUCCUCUCCCCACGAAAUUGUAUUUCUGGAAUGAUGUUCAAAGUUUGUAAUUUUCUCCGGAUUUAUCACUCGUUUAUGCAUUGGGCUGUUUUGUCCCCUUCGACCCUCCUUCUGAGGCCUGCAAAGACAAAAAGAAAAGAAAAAGAAAAAAA